AUGAUAUCGGCCGCUCCCAGCGCCGCCGGCACGGCACGGCUGGUUGCCGCACUCGCAACGGCCGCCGUGCUCCUCGCCGCCGCCAGCCUGCUCGCUCAGCGCCAGCGGGCAGGCGCGAUCCUCAACGGGAGGAUUGCCGACGAGAGCCUUUACCAGAGCUACGUCUCCGUUCGUGAGGUUGUGGAGGAGGCGAGCGAGGGCAGCACCCUCGCGGCGAUGGGCUCCGCCGGGACGGAGCAAAACUGCUGCGGCGGCGCCCUCGUCGCCCCAAACUGGAUCCUGACCGCCGCGCACUGCCACAGCUGCUGGGAGGGCAGGUUCCCCUUCAAACGAGCAAUCAAUGGGGGGGUCGAGGCUAUACCAGUCGACCCCGCCGCCGAGCCCGUCAAGGUGAAGGUUGCACUCGACAAGGACGGGCACUACGGGGGCACCCUCACCGUUGUUGAGGCGUACGAGCCCGAAUGGAUUGGGCCUGAGCGGAUGGAUGCGGCGCUGCUGAAGCUCGACGGCGAUGCGACGGCCUAUGGCGCCGAGGUCGUCACCUUCUUUCCCGGCCCGAUUGAGGCAGGUAUGGAGACGGUGACUGUGGGGACCUCGCACGACCUGCCGGCAAACACGCCUGGCAUCCCCGGCACACCCCUCAAGUACUACGCCUCGACUGUCGUUGCGGCACGCUCGCUCAUCUCGUGGCACACGCACUGCGAGGGGUUCAACCGUGGUGAUUACUCGCCGGUGCACGACUUUUGCGUCGGCCCGCCGGUGAAGACCGAGCUGGGAGGCACCCUGCCCGGCGACGAUCUGGUGGAGGGCGCGCGCACCGGGUACGGAGACUCUGGAGGGCCGCUCUACAUUGGAGGCAAGUACGCUGGCAUCGUCAAGGGCGGCGUCAAGGCGAGCCCCAUCACGGGUGUCAACGACGUUGACAACGCGGAGACCGCCUACAUUCGCUACACGGAUGUCACCUUCCUGGCCCCGUGGAUUGACCGCACGAUCACGGCGAGCGAGCUCGCGGCGGUGUUUUGCAAGGUGCCAUUUCUUUGCUGA